UUUAUGUUGCACGUUCAGUCUCGGUGAUGUCAACACAGCGGUAGGUAGGCCUAAUGCGUCGGUAGUGCAGUAUACUUCCUGGUAAAUUAACGAAUUUCUUUGAAAGAACUUUGACUUGAAACUUAUUUUUACACAUAAAGACGUAUGGCAUAUGCCACGCAAUUUACCCAAACUUGACCUUGCUCGUUAAAAAUAAAGAAUAUAGCAUUAUUAGUCUGAAAAUGGGGAGCACGGUGAUGGAGUCUAACAAGAAGGAUAACUCGAAGAAAAAGGGAAUCAUACGCAUACAUAUGCCAAACAGUAUGAGGAAACCCAAUCCUUGCUAUGAGGAAGAAUAUAGGGACCUUAGGGCUUUUACCUCCCCCAUACUGGAUGCUGAGUCUGGUGGCUCGGAAAAGGAUGGCUCUCCUAAGGGAGAGUUCUGCUUUCACUCUGCCAGCCUAACUAAAGGACUCUUUGUGAGAGGUUGUGCUCCUGGUGUCAGCCAACCAUCUAGUCCCAUGUUUGCCCCUGCCCACUCCCAGUCUCAGACCAGUCCGGGCUCAUCUAGAACCAUCUUCCCCUACCCCUCCACCCACCAGGACCGCUCACCACCCAAGUCGCCCUGCCGCCUCAACUUCAGCGGUAUCUUCCGCUCUUCAUCCAACUCAUCAUCCAACUCAUCGUCCAACUCAUCGUCCAACUCUAGCAUCAAGCUCUUCUCUAGGACAAGGAAAGUCUCCGGCCUCUCGUCUUCCCCCACCCAGACCCCUCGCCAGUCCAUGCUGUUCCCCCAGGAGGUCCACCAGAGUGUCCCUGAACGUUUGGGCCGCUCCCUCUCAUCACCCCCACCAGACACCGGACAGUGCCUCAGCCUGCCCGCCUCCGCCAAGCCCUCCUCCUCUCCGAUACCCUACGCCUUCCCACUGCCCCAAGCUACCUCACAGCCGAAUUUCUACGGUUUAUUCGAAGGCAUGUUGGAGAAACUUGAACUAGACGAUGAUGGUGUUGCUGCUGAACCAGACAGUGACAUUUACAUGCGCUUUAUGAAGUCCCAUAGCUGCUAUGACAUCGUCCCCACCAGCUCCAAGCUGGUUGUGUUUGACACUGGACUGCAAGUGAAGAAGGCUUUCUUUGCCUUAGUGGCCAAUGGGGUGCGAGCUGCUCCACUGUGGGACUCAGAGAGGCAGUGUUUUGUGGGAAUGUUGACAAUCACUGACUUCAUCAUCAUACUACACAGAUACUACAAGUCACCGUUGGUGCAAAUAUAUGAGUUGGAAGAUCAUAAGCUUGAGACAUGGAGAGAAGUAUAUCUGCAAGAGACAUUCAAACCUUUAGUGAACAUAUCACCCGAAUCAAGCAUAUUUGAUGCGGUGUAUUCCCUCAUCAAAAACAAGAUCCACCGUCUGCCUGUCAUCGACCCUGUUACGGGAAACCCACUUUACAUCCUCACACACAAGAGGAUCCUCAAGUUCCUACAGCUCUUUGUGCGCGAGAUGCCCAAGCCAGCCUUUAUGAAGCAGACCCUGGGGGAGCUGGGCAUCGGUACCUACAAGAACAUAGCUUUCAUCCACCCUGACACACCCAUCAUCAAGGCCCUGCAGAUCUUCGUAGAGAGGAGGGUGUCUGCCCUGCCUGUGGUGGACGUAUCUGGGAAAGUGGUGGAUAUUUACUCCAAAUUUGAUGUCAUAAACCUGGCAGCAGAGAAGACGUAUAAUAACCUGGACAUCACCGUGACCCAGGCUCUGAGGCAUCGCUGGCAGUACUUUGAGGGGGUCAUGCAGUGCCACAAGCUGGACACACUGGAGACCAUCGUGGACAGGAUUGUCAAAGCAGAGGUCCAUCGGUUGGUGGUGGUGGAUGAUCGCUCGGCCAUCGAGGGCAUCAUCUCCCUGUCUGACAUUCUGCAGGCCCUGGUGCUCAGCCCAGCAGAUGCCUGCCGAGAGGAGGGCCUGCUGGAGUGAAAGGGGAAAAGCUGUGGGGACCAAUGAGGUUGAAGGCUGUUAUAAAACUUAGUAUUCUACUUCUAUAGCUUCAGACAUGGGGCCCGGAGCCCUUGGUAUUGAUGCUCUAGACUUUGAAACAAAAAGGAUGGGCUGGACUUCACUAGACUGGGUUGGACUGAUACGGAUGCCCGAGGACCAGCAUCUCUCUGUCUAAUUGGAACUGGGCUUCAUUCACUGUGGGAGGGUUAUAGUAGGGUGGAAUGAUGACGUGGGGUGAGGUUGAGCCAGUCUGGAGACUGUGGCUAUGUAUAUGAGAGCUAUGUAUAUUUAGGUAUUUCUCUCUAUCAUGCUGCUCUGUCAUUGUUCCCAGCAACAGUGCCUCGUCACUCCCAGUAAGUUUUAAACCUUCAAGGAUCAAGAAGAUUGACCGAUAUGGUCAAAGCAUCUUAGACUUGAUGAUACACACUUUUAGGAGAAAUGGCAGGUUUUCAUGCUUUACCUUGUAAUGGUGGGAGGGUCUGUAUUUUUAUAUGAGUAAUAUGCUGUGAAGAGAGACAGAACAUAAAAAAGGCCUUAUUUUAAGACUUGUUUUGUCUGCUUUAUGUACUCUAUGUACUCUAUGUACUCUAUGUACUUGAUGUAUUUUAUGUACUCUGACAAAACUCAUCUGUGUUCUAUUACUGUAAACAACAACGUUUUGAAGAAAAGUGCCAGAGAAAGCUUUUUUUAAUUUAAGUUUAAACAAAUUAUGUUAAACUGACUGCAGUUUAAUAUUCUCUUUGUAAAUAUGUGGCAGUAAAAUGUUGUAUUCAGUGCAAGAUGGACUACAAGUGCAAGCGAUAAAUGACACUAUAACAGCUGUAAAUGUUCUCUAAAAGCAGCUAAAUAAAUAUAAAUAUUUUUAUGGUACAUUUUCACCACCA